AUGCCAGCUUCAUUCAACAAGCACUUCUCCUAUUGUCUAUCUUUAUUCAACAAGCACUUCUCCUAUUGUCUAUCUUCAUCUGGAAGCUCGCCUGGAUACAUAACCUUUGGUAAAACUGCUGAGGAUAUUAAAGAUUUUCCUCUUGUCCUUGGGAAUGUUCAGCAACGUGGAAUAGACGUGCAUUACGAUGUUGCUAAUGGGAAGCCUGGGUUUGCUCCUGAGCUUCGGCCAGCUGCUUAUAUAAAGCAACCCAAGAAAACAGAGUUUGCACGUUCUAGCUAUUAUGCUAAACAAGCUGAAGCCCAAUGCUCUGAUUGUCACAUUGUUGAAGUCAGUUCUCUAUUGCCUCCAACUGUUUGCAACUUGACUUCCACCAUAGUUCCAAACAAAGCAUCUCUAGAGGUUGUCAGCAAAUAUGGUCCAUGCUCUACCAUAAAUGAGGGCAAAGUAAAAUCUCCAAAUUACACGGAAAUUCUGCACAAAGACCGAGCCCGAGCCAAAUACAUUCAAUCCAGAAUCUUCAAGCCCAAACAUUUUGGUAGUGAUGAUGAUGACCAUUUAAAGCGAACAAAGGCCUUAACAGCCGGUGCCGUGCCUUUUCUAUCAAAUGGGGAGUUCUAUAUUACUGUAUCCUUGGGAACGCCAAGACAAGUUGUUACUCUCCUUUUGGACACUGGUAGCGCCAUCACUUGGACGCAGUGCAAGCCAUGCCUUAAAUGUUUUAAACAAAAAACCCCGUUAUUUGAUCCAACCAAAUCCUCGACUUAUUCUUCCGUUCCAUGCCGGUCGAAAGCCUGUUUACCAGAUUUCGAACCAACUUGCGGUUCCAAUACAUGCUUCUACGGUGCCUUAUACGGUAGCGGUAGUUCCAAUGGCCAUGUAGCAACUGAAAAGUUAACCAUAAUGAAUGGCUCUGGUAAAUUUGUCAAAUACCCUUACAUUUUCGGAUGUGGCACUAAUAAUUCCGCCGAUAUUGAUGGAGUAACUGGGUUAAUGGGUCUCGGUCGAACUCCAUCAUCCUUUAUAUCACAAACUUACCAAAAAUACUUUUCUUACUGCUUUCCGUCAUCUUAUGGUUCCACUGGAUACAUAACCUUUGGCAAAUCUGAUGACGAUAUCAGAAACAAAUUCAUCAAAUUCACUCCAAUAACCACUUCUCCCAAACAGUCGUUGUUUUACGAUAUUAUGGUAAUUGGAAUGACCAUCGCUGGAAAAAGGCUACCUGUGGCCAGUUCAGUGUAUACUAAAUUAGAAACGAUUACUGAUUCUGGAACAACCAUCACGGCUCUGCCACCAUCCCUGUAUGUGGCCCUGAGAUCAGCUUUCCGCAAGCAAAUGUCAAAAUAUAAGAUGAUAAAACCAGUGAGCGAACUUGAUACUUGUUAUGAUUUUCGCAGUUAUGAUAAAGUUGUAAUACCAAAGAUUUCUUUCUUCUUCAAAGGUGGGGUUGAAUUGGAGCUGGAUGUGAAGGGAAUUAUGGUGGUAUAUAAAAAGGAUUUAAGCCAAGUGUGUUUAGCUUUUCAGAAAGCAGACCCUGAUAACCCUAUUUUUAUUUUGGGUAAUAGUCAACUAAGGGGAAAAGAGGUGCACCAUGAUAUUGUUGGACAGAGGGUUGGGUUUGGUCCCGGUGGUUGCAGCUAAGCUCAGCUAAAGAGGAAUGAAUCUUCCAACUUAGCACUUGAAAAUUAAGAAGCUGAAAUUCUCUUGCUUAAAUUUUAUGUUUUGAAUAAUGUAUUCCUAGUUAUAUGCUUGUACUUUCAAGAAACAUUGAAUAAAGUUUGUUA